UUUUUUAGAAAAACAUUGAGAUUAUUUUUUACAUGUUUUAAGCUUUAUAAAAUGAUUGCUAGAUUUAUCUAUUUAAGAAAUAGAGGUUAAAAGUAUUUUUAGAUAAUUUAUUUGCGCAGAUCUAAAUAGGUAAUAAACCUGUUAAAUAAAAACAAUUUUUAAAUUUCAUUAUUUAUUCCAGUAUUCUUUUUCCAAUGUUUACAAAAACUUACAUCGAAAAUAAAGACGUAUUAAAACUCCGUCUGCUUAAUUAGUUUAAAUUAAAUUACGUAUUAUGAAAUGUUAAUAAAAAUAAUAAAAUGUUAAUAAAAUCCGUAAAACGUCCAUAUGAAUAAUAACGAUGUCAAUGAAAAUUAACUUGGAAUAAGCGAUCGGUUUCUAAUUUGUAUACUUUUUUAUAUCUUUACGUUUUAUUUAAAUAACAAUUUAUAUUUGAUAUUAUUAAAUGUUACUUUAAUUAUUAUUAAUAAUUAUAUUAUUACUUUUUUUUCAAGAAGCAUUAUUAAAACUUGGAUUUAUAUUGUUAAAUUUUUUUUUUUGUAAUCUGCGAUUGUUCUAAAUAUCUUGCUCGAAUAUAAAAAAUAUUCGUAUUUGAUAUCAAUACAGAUAUAAUCCAAAUAUCUUUGUUCCAAAUAUCUCGCUCGAAUAUAAAAAAUACUCAUAUAUGAUACCAAUAUAGAUAUAAUCCAAAUAUUUGAAACGGAAAUAUUUCGAAUAUUAGGACAUUUUGAAUUUUGAAGUGUACAGUGCAGUAAAAUGAAAAUAAGCAUUGUAUUUCAGUUGAAAAGUUCAUUUUUAUUUAACCGCAAUUUUUAUUUAAUAAUAUGAUGUUCUUUGAUUCCAAAAGAAUAUAAAUACGACAAAUAAAAGUGUAUAACUGCGACAAAUACUAUAAAAUUAAAUAGAGCGUCGAGAGAGAGAGAGAGAGAGAGAGAGAGAAUACAUUAAUUAUUAUAUCUUAAGAGGAAAGAUUGAAAAACAUUGAGGUACCGUGAACUAAGCCCUUGGAGAAUUAGGAAACAAAAUACUAAAUAAUUUAUAUUCUUAUUACCCACUGCGCUACCCCCAAGGGGGCUUGCAGGUAUUUUCAAGAUUUUCAAUAAUUCUUUCAACAAGAGCAAAGAAUAAAAUAAAAGAAGCAACGGGUAACAUAAGUAGCUUAUGCUGCUAAUGGUUGGCGCUUUAUUAAACAUGUAAACACAACAGGUCACAGCUGUCUUUCGCCGCAGCUCCAAGUUUCCAGAAUUUUUUGCGAGUAUUUUUCAAAAAAGUUCCGCCUCUUGGAGCUCUUCGAUUUUUCGAAGCAUCGAUUUAGGGUCACUUAGCUUCUGUAUCUUGGCGAGAUUCCUCGUACGCUAAUGUUGAUCGUCGCGAGACUGCGUUUAUAUGAUCGCCGUGAUAUACAUGACGAAAUAUAAUAACGACUUAUUAGAAACAUACCAUUCCCCACGUGUCACGAAUUCGCUCAUGUACUUUCCUCCCCCUACAUUCCUCGUGUGUUUGCUAGACCACUGGUAGUCAGUUGCGUCCCAGCUCGAACACGGUUCACAAGCAACUAUCUUUCUCUGCUCCCGUUAAUUUAUGUGACGAACUCAACAUCACAUGACGGAAGCACAAAAUGCCUUUAAUCGAUACGCGAUCGAUAAGAGUGCCUGGAGAAAUGGAUCGGCGUCCGUCGCACAGACUAGAUGCCGCAUCGAGACACGCUGAUUGUCGACCUACGCUGGAUGUGUCCAGCACACUGGAAUCGUCUCCCAUCGCUGGCGGCGGUCCUGCAACAUGUCGCGACGCAUAUAACGCCGCUAAUGCCGUCCCGUUCGAAAAGGAUACCGUCACAACGUCAGAAAACGAGCAUAAUAACAUGGCUCGUUCGCCACAGGAGGUUUCACUGUCUCACAACGCACCCCGUUCAACCAAUGAUCUGUGCUCGUCGCAAAAAGAACUCGAUUGUCUUUACGAGCACGGACGCGAUACAAGUGUAAUGAACCACCGGAAUCGUCACAGUUCCACGCGAAGGAGUGACGCGACGAGAUAUUCUCGCGCGGCGAACGCGUUCUCGAUAACGAGAUACGGUUCCAGUCAAAUGUUAGGAUUAACGACCACCGAUUGGAUAACGAACUCUUCGUGGAGGAGAUGGCGAAUCUACUUUCCUAUCCUAAUCUGCCUGUUUUGUAUAACGCAGUGUACAGCCCGCACUUGCUCAGUCGGAUUAAGCACACCAGGAUGGACUUGGCCACAAGGUGAUAUUGUUAUCGAACAUGGUAAAUCGCUCAGGAUGUACUGUCUAUUGGAUCAGGAAAUCGUAAACCGUGACUAUCCUGGCAAAAACGCAGGAGAUCUUCGAUUUUUUCGUAAUGAUCAGGAACUGGAGUCGGAAUUCGUCACAGUAAUGAAUGAAACGACAAUAGAGCUAUUCAUCAAAGCGCCACCGGCCUCCGACGACAUGUACAAUUGCAAGUUAAAACUAAACGGCAGUGACUAUGUAGCAGUUUGUCUCAAUAAAGUUGUAAUUGGAUAUCCACCUCAGAAACCUAAAAACUUCGACUGUAUCUCUCACAAUUGGGAGAACAUCAACUGCACAUGGGAGCCGGUGCCUAAUUUUGUUUAUACAAAAUACGAGUUAAUGUUCCAAUUACCUUCAAGAUUGGGAAUGUUGUAUUUAUGUCCAGUAAAUCAGACGAAAGAGAAUUCAUGUGAAUGGACUAUAGAUUCCAAUCCAAUAUAUAGGCAGCCGUAUCCAUUUUAUAUCUUCAUAUUGAAAGUAUCUAAUGCUUUUGGACAUGCCAACUUUACAUAUCGUAUCCAACAUUAUCCUAAUGUUAUUCCGAAGCCGCCUGCCAAUCUCACAUUAAUAAAUAAAACAUCAGAGAGUGCAUAUUUGUAUUGGCAACUCCCUUUUCCGAUGGAGACAUUUCCAGUUGGUGUGCAUCACAAAAUUAUGUAUCAACAUCAGUGGAAUCGUGAAAAGGAUUGGAAGGUCAUUAAUAUUACGCAUCCUAAGAGCAGAGAUCACUGGUUUUAUAAUCUCACCGGAUUAGAGUACGCUAAUACGGUAUAUGACGUUCGCAUUUAUUUAAAAAGCUCGACAGCUAUAAGACAGGAUCGAUGGAGUGAUUUCAGUGUUGUUACAUUCCGGACUUCGCCAAAAUUGCCUGGCGCUGCACCGCGAACUGACGUCGGUAGCUUCGAAAUUGCUGAAAAUAAUGGAAACAGGGACGUAUACUUGUACUGGCAAGCGAUACCGCAGAACCAGGAGAACGGUGAUAAUUUUAAGUAUCAAAUCAUUCACGUGGAGGAGAAUGGUCAUAAGGUUACGCUCACGCCGAGUGAAACGACCAGGACGUAUGCCAAGUUAAAGGGAAUCAGUCUCAACAGUUAUCGAUUUGAGAUUAUAUCGACGAACGAGAUUGGUGCUAGCAGCGACCGUGCGAGAAUAUACUUACCAAAGCAGCAAGAAAUACCGCAUGAACUGGCGUUCACGAAAAUUGCUUUUGAAAAUGGAUUGUAUGAAUUAUCAUGGAAACCGCCAUUUGUAGACCCCAAACAUAACAUCCAAAACUACACGAUCUUUUGGUGCGACAACGAACGUGAUCGUCCUUAUCAGUGUACCGGUUACUUGGAUUGGGUGCACGUUCCGAAAAAUACUACGAUCUACAACGUAACUGUGCCGUAUCCGUCCAAGGUAUAUCAAUUUGCAAUUUCCGUCAAUACCGAGAAAGGUAGCAGUGGCAUGAUAUGGUCAUCGUGCACGGUGAUUCAUAACAAAGUGCUCGGCAAAAUGAAGUCUGUUUGGAUUAAUCGCAUUGACUCGCAUUUCAUCGAGGUCGGUUGGAAGCUCGACUGCUCGGAUCGUAUCGGGAUAAUUGAGGGAUUCAACAUUUACUAUUGUCCCAUAAUGUCGCCGUUGAAUGUCAACUGCAACGGACCCAUGCUUAAUAGUACGAUCAAGGCAGACGCGCGCACUAUACAUGGCGUUGUCAACAAUCUGAAGCCCUACACCACAUACAUGCUGAAUGUCGCGGUGUUGACGAAGAGCGGCGAGGGUCUGCGUAGCGAUCCCCUCUACAACACUACACUUGAAGCGGCGCCAAGCACUCCGCCAUUAAACGUGAGAAUCACCGACCUGUCUAACACGACGAUGUUUGUCGCGUGGAAAAAACCGUCGGCGAUGAACGGCGUGCUCCGUUAUUACGAGGUCUAUUACAACGAUCAAGUCAGGAAAGUGGAGGAGGAGGGGAAUCAUAUCAAACUAACGAAUCUGAAGCCAUAUACGAAAUACGCUGUUAGAGUCGCCGCUUGUACCGUGAGAUGCAGCGACAAAUCACAGACGAUAGAAGAGUUUACGAGGAUCGGUGUACCCGGCAAAAUCAAUAUUCCUUUGGUACGCUUUGUAAAUUCCAGUCAAGUGAACAUCCAGUGGGAGCCGCCGCAAGAACCGGCUGGUCCGAUAGAGGCCAUGUAUUACGAAAUAGAGUACGGAAAUGGCAUGAUCCAAAAUGUCACCAGAACAGAAGUACAAUUGCCUAUUCCUGAUUGCAAAAAUGUCGAGCAUCGAGAGCAGAAACACAUGUUCCGGGUCAGAGCCAUUAAUAUCAAUAGUAACGGCGAGACUUUGAAAGGAUCCUGGUCCGACUUUGGGGAGGGAAAUUGUUAUAAUAAUGGGCUAUCGUACGUCGCACUGGUUAUUAUAUGGAUGGUUGGCGUCUUCAGUAUCACAGCGUGCAUCGCGUGCUUCGUAUACAUGUUCAAGAGAAUGUGGAUCAAAUGUCGAGCUAUGCGAGACGUCGAGGUGAAACUGCCGCCUGGACUUGCUCCUGAUAUGAAGCUGCUUGAGAAGAAUAGUGAACCACACAUACGGCAUUCGAUCGAGCGACCGUCCGCCGAUUCGAGCGGUUGUUCGAGUGGCCAGGAGUCCGUUACCUCUUCGCUCACAGCAGAAUCCCAGGUUUGUAGCGAUAGCGGCACCGAGGUGGACGCAGUACAUACGCCAUCCGAUAAGCUGAAGGGUCAGCCCGUCCGCGAGUUGACUCAUCUGCGACAGAGAAGCACUACACGGGUACCAGCUUCAUUAGCGGAGGUCACUACACCCUGUUGGGAGUCAUACAUCAAAGUUGGCGAUUCCGGUGAGGUGACAUCUGACGAGACGGUAUCAUUAGCGCGGUCCACGCCCAAUCUAACAGACAACGCGACGUCGAAGAGCUAUUCGCCGUCGCAACACGGCUGGUCCAGCACAAACUACAUCAACUACAUCAGCAUGCCGUCUUCCUCAGAGGUGCUGUUAAGCAACCCCAGUCUCAUACCACGUAAGAAUUCCGUCGGCAACAGUGGCGACGGUGACAGCAGCAAAGACGGUGACGAUAGCAAUGAUGGCAAUCAUCAUGCCGACAACAGCAGUGAUGGCAAUAACGAUAGCAGUGAUGACAGUGGCGACGCCUUAAUAUCAAUUAAAUUUGAUGAUGAAUUCGAAAAGGAAAAACAGAAGUUGACCAUCGACGAGUUGGACAAGAUGCAGUCGAUCAUUGAGCUAAACAAGAAAAUAGACAUACUGGCGUCGCACAUUAAUCCCGAAAAGACGACAAUGGCAACGCCAUAUGUUCAAGCGGGUUUGAUAGACGAGAUUCCCGAUUCACUUUCCUGCAUACCUAAGCAUAUACAAGCCAGGAACAGCAAUUUAAUGUGCGGCACCUUCAAAAUUAAAGAUAAUUUAUCUAAAAAGGAGUACACGUCAUUUCCAUCGACCUUUCCCGUCAGUACCACCUUGACUUCACCAAGUCCAAAGUACAUCUUUGCAUCGAUAAUUCCUGAGGGAAUGACGAUGCCGGUUAUGGAAGCGGAUCAAGAAUCUUUGCCGCAGAAAACGCUUUCGCACAGUUCUCCUACGAGCGGAACCUCGUACAAUCUUGCAAGUUCCGCGCACGAGACGCAGCAAUCACAGGAGCAGCAAGAGAAAGUGGAGCCGUUCACGGACGUGACCGAGGACGUCGAUGAGAGUGGCAACACGGUGCACCCCGCGCCAUCCUGGCCGGCAGAAAGGAAAGAGCUGACUUCCGGCUACAUAACCAUCGCGGAUCUGUCGCCUCCCUCGGCGGGACCGUCCUAUGUGCGACUUGAGAAGAUGCCAUCAUCCCUGCCCCAGACGGCGACGAGUCCGUCGGAGGAGCAGUAUACGGAAGUGACGGUUGUGCCAAGUACAGUUCAGUGAGGCGAGGAGAGAGAUGCACUAUCAUCUCAGUUCUUUCCUCCUUUUCGUGACGGUGAUAAUUGCCACUUGCGUAGACGGACGAAGUAAGUGUUGCAUCGUGAAAUUACAAUAUAUAAAGGCGGUGGUGCAUAUAAGAAACUGGGAUGUUGUACGUUUGAAUAUAAUCGCGACACUCUUGCGAAUCGACUGAGUUGAGCGAUGUUUCACAAUUUCGGACUGAAAUCCGUUUAUCGAGAUAUGAGAAGAGAUUAAAGGGACUCUCCUGAAAGGAGGUGUUACAUACUUGCUUCGAAAAUAAGACUGGAUCUAAAGUAAAAAAGAAGAUCAUUAGUUUGGGAUCAAAUGAAUUAUUGGAAAUUCAUUUCUAAGCUAAAAAAGUUAAAAUGAACUCUAAAUGAAUUCGUUUGAAGACUUCCUUAAAUGGUUCUCUGAGAAAAGAUUUUAUGCACAAAGCAUCUAUAUAAAAGAUAAUAGAGUACACAAGAGGUGCGACUCGUUGAAGCCUUUAAGGAAAUUUUUUAACAAAGCGCAUUUUCUAUUCCAAGCUAGUGAUUCUUCUUGUUUGACUAUGCUUGUAUAUCCAGCGCGAUAUGCAUAUGCGUGCGGCACGAUACGUUCGAAUAUAACGAGAAACAUUAGAAUGGCGUUCUCGUUCGUCAAAGUGUGUACCAGUACUGCGUUACUUUUUUUUAUACUAUAUGCGCGAUAUUACUCUAUAAGUUAAAAUAAGUCAAUAGAUUACACGAAUACAUGAUAUAUAUAUAUACAUACCGUAUAACGGACAUAUAUAUGUAUGGCCGGAUUGACGGACAGCAUAUUGCUGUCGAAAAAUAAUUAAAUUAAGUCCACUUCAGACGAUCUAUAAUUCAGAAUUGGGCGCAAUCUAGAGCCCCUGGGAAUCCGACACUUUAAAAUUUUUUGCGCUUUUAACUUGCGCAUUUAUCUCACAGAUAAUAAUGAUCUUUUGAAUGAUUUAUACAUGAUACUAUUUGUUACAAUCAUUACGAAGUUCCAGGAAAAAUGCAUUACUUCUCUUGUGGAAAGGUAAAUAUAUGCACAACGUGAAAGAGCAGUGUAUGAAGUUUUUGUAAAAAAAGAGUGUGGUUGUUUCUCAGAACUUUCAACGAUGUCUCGCAAUAAUCGUGAUGCGAAUAAUAUUUAGCCUAAUUUAAAGUCUAAUUAAAAAAAAUUUUUUUAAACUUAGAGUAAAAAGUUUAUAUAUAAUCUAUAAUUCUAUCUUGAGUUAUACAAAGUAUAAAAUGUUUAAAUUGUUAUAUAUCUUGUUAUACAAUUUUCCUCUCCUAUACUCUUUCCUGGAUCCGUCAAGGUAGUGUUAUAUUUACAAUUUUAUGCACCGUGUAAUAGAGGAUUGAAGAAGAAUCAAUAUUACACAUAUUAUAAAAAAGAAAGAUGAAAAAAAUAUGAACAAAUACAUCGAAAUAUACGGCAUAAAGAAACUAAGUACAUAACGCGCCAGUUUCCACUCCAAAAAAAUUAUAGAUCGUCUAUAGUUGGUUUUGGUUAGAUAUUUUUUCACAGCACAACUUUUUCGCUAAAUUCUCGUUUAAUCAUGAGAAAUUUCUUUUGCCAUUUUUACAGGGGUAAACAAACUUUUUUUAGGACUAUAUUUUCUAGAUUUCUUUAUUAAUGACACAGAGAUAUCCUCGUUUAAUCCUUGAUUAAUCGUUAGAUUUAGCCAAUGCAAGUAGUUGCAUUAAACUCUACAACUUCACAUUUUUUACUAGCUCACUUAAUUAGAAAUUAAUUAAAUUAGCGACUUAAAUGAUGCUACUCUGGUAUAAUACCGAGAAUAGGGGAAAAAAACAGAAGAAAAAAUAUUGUAUAUCACGCAAAUUUGCAAUCUUCUUUGAUACACAUAGCACAUGAUUAAUUAAGGAUUAACAUUGUUUCGUAAUAACGAUUCUCAAACGCUAUUGCGUUUUAUAUCGUGUUGAUGGCAACAAGUGCAUACAGAUAUUCUUUUGACCGAGUCUCUUGAUAAUUUUAUCAAUAAAAAUUUCGCAGAAACGUGCUCACAAAUAUUUCCGUUUCAUAUAUUUGCGCGACGGGAUUGCUCAAAGAGAAACAAAAAUAACAUGUUCGAUGAAAUUACUGCGUACAAUUGCAAACAACGACAAGAGCAAAUUGCGUUGAUUUUCUAUCUUUCGGAGAUGUAUCAUGAGCCUGCCGAAAUUGUUCUCUUUUUAGUCGCAACAGUUAAAUUAUGCAAUAUAAUUUGUUAUCCGUUUAUGCAGCUUAUUCGCGAAUUGUCGCGAAUAUCUCAUUGUCGCGCAAAUCGAUCGCGAGUAAAAUUGUAUACGUGGCGAGGUAACGGGCUUUUUUUAUAAUAAUGUUACAGUGUACAAUGUACAGUGUAACUGCGCACAAGGACAGGGUCAGGGAUAAUAAGGUAAAAGGAGAUAAAAAAAGAAAAAUAUCGUGGUGAGCGCACCAUGGGCGUCGCCAAGCGGAAAAAAACAGACGAGAAAAAACAGUUCUGAACAACGAGGAUGGGGAAACUUGACACUGCGUCAUUAACGUAUUACGAAUUAAUAUUAUUAAUAUUGUAUUGCAAUAUUAAAAUGUUUUAUUUUUGUCUUUGUUUUGUAAAUACUUCAAAAUGUGUUAGUUUUAAACGGCGUUUAUAUUUAAAACACUAAACCGUUUAAAGCUGUAAUUUUUAAUAGCUUUAAUAUAAAACUAAAACAUUUUUAAGUAUUUGAAAAAGGGUGACAGAAAUAAACAAUUAGUAUCUUAAAAUUAAACACUUUAUUUUUGAAAAUAUAUCUUAGAUUUUGAAACGAAGCAAUCGGAGAAAAGGAACGCUCUUCUUUACGCUUUAACGCCACGUUUUCAAGGAACGGGAGAUGAUCCGCUCGGCUUUGGAGGGAUCGCUGGAGGUGGCCCAUGCGUCACAAUUAUCCCGGAUCGCGCGCUUUAAUUAUCGCGCGGGUCAGAUGACAAUUAAAGUACCUCGCGCGCGCACAGAGUAUAGAGUUAGCAAUACGCAAGUAACAAUUGGCCUCGCAGAACACUCUCACGCUAUCGCAGCAGCAAGGAAUAUAUGUAUGCAUAAUUCGCACGUACUUUAAACUAGUCAGAUACACCGCCUUCUUCCUACAGGCCUUUCUUCUAUACUUAGUCGGAUGCAAUGUUUAUUCGGAUGUGAGAUUAGCGAUUGUACAAAAUUUAAUAAUAAGCAAAAAGAACUAACUAACGCGUCGGUAAACCGUUUGUUUUUUUCUUUGUACGAUCUUUUGUACUGCUUAACAAAAAAGAAGAACCGUUUGAACUUUUAAUUUGUAGACAGAAACUCUUUUUGAUUCAAACUUUUUAUGUGCAACGUUUUAUUAAUGUUACCGUCGAAGCGUGAAGAUGUUUGUCUUUAAAACAAAGAUAAUUUGGAAAAAAGAGCUUUAUUGAAGAAUUGAUGGCCUAUUAUUGAUACAAAUUACGAUUAUAAAGAACUAAUUGUGUGGUUUCGAACUACAAAUUUUAAUAAGAUGUGACAGUUUAGAUGCAAUUGUAGUUUAAUUAAGAAGGAAAUAACUCAGCAAUCACUGAAGUUAUAUUGAUAAAUAGCUGUUUAAGAAAAAAGUUGUAGCAUUUGGAAUUGUUAAAAAAAAAAAAGAAAGGCCUGGAUCUUUUUGGAAUGCGGUUAUUUUGCAAGUUCAAACAAUUUCGAAUGUAGAAAGGGGAAGAUGACGUUGUCGCCGUGACUAUAAGAUAUAAAGAGAGAAGAAGGAUGACUUUGUUUGUACUUGCGAAAUGAUACUUACCGGCUUGCGCGAUUGAACAUUCGCGAAGCUCUGAGAUCGAACAUGAGCUUAUGUACCUACUCAUACGUUUAUUGUUGUUACACACUGGCGUAAUUUUAUCAGAUAUUAAAAGAAGUGCUACUUAGUCUAUAAUUAAGUCGUAAAUAUAAGAGGAAUAUGUCAUCGCGACGUUAUGCAAACGCACGGAUGCCUAGAUCUGUUUGUUUUAGCUGCACUUAUAGUUUCCGUGUUAUUUGAGAUAACUAUAUAUUUAUGCAUAUAUGGAUACAUAUAAAUUUUGCAAAAGGAUACCUCGUACAAAAAGCUACAGAAUUUUUAAAAAAUAAGAUAAAAAAAAUUUGGUUCUGUCGCUUUUUCAUAGAGUGUCCUUUUGAUGGACUUUUACUUCAAAAUCAAUUUAAUUUUUUCAAAUAAAAUUUUUAUAUUUUUUCACAGGAGCAUAUUCUACGUUUUAAAUCCGAUAAUUUUGACGCUCGAGACAUUUUUGAAUCUGACAAAUACUUUUAAGGAUCUAUGGAAAAUUAUUACAAAUCCUUAGGACUGUGUUGAUUCGAGAUUAACUGCUCUUGAAAUUACUUAGAAGCAACGAUAUGAACGUGAUAUGAUAAUUUCGUGUAUAGUUUGUACAUAUGUAUGCCAGUUUGUGGAGUUAGAACCGAUUAAAGAUACAAUUAAUGCCAUGCAAAAGUAGAUUAUCUAACGUUUGUAGAAAUAUUUUUGAAAGUGUUCUCUUAACGACGCUAAUGAAUUUUAAGUGUCGUAUAAGGAGUUAAUUGAGAACAUUCUGUGCAUUUAUUCUACAAUAUACAUAUACAUAUGCAGAUAACGGAAAUUUAGGAUCUUUAAAUAUUGUGGAAGUAUUUAAUACAAACCACAAGAUUCUAAGUCACAUUUAUGGCACGCGGGCACACAUACGCACACACACACACACACAGAAAGACAAAGUGGGCCUUUAUUUAAAAAUAUUGCAGAAAUAACUAAUAAUUAUAAGAUCUUAAUUGGAUGCCUGUGAUACAUAACACAUGAAGUCAAAAUCAUGUUCAACGUCCAUUGAUUAUAACCUUUAGAAUGGGUUACUCUGAUCAACUGGUUUUAAGGAUUUGUUUACGUCUGUACAAUAACAGCAAAAAAUUAUCAAAAUUUAACAACUAUAGAUUCCUUAGAUUUGUUCUUUUAUUUCUUCUAAUCAAUGAGAUACAAAGUUUUAGUCAUGUAUAUUGACCUAAAAAAUGUUGGAUCUAAAACAACGAAUUUGUUAUAAUGACUUAAAUGUAAUAAUACUUUGAAAUAACAUAUAUAUUUUUUAUAUUAAACUUUAGAUCUUUCGUGAAUAUCUUCUAAAGUUUUUUACGUCAAAAAAAUAUUUUGAAUCGAAAUUAUUAGGUUUAAUACGGCGGAGAAUCUGACUCAGUGAAAAAAUAUACGAGAUUUUGGUUCAAAAAGAUCAAACCAAUCUCGAAAUGAAUUUCAAAUAGUCAUUUUAUAAAAAAAGCUGUUAUAUAAGAAAAAAAUUUCCUCUCAAAGACUUUUUAACUUUUAAGUACAAAAUAUAUUUUUUUUAAUAACAUUUUAGCUGACUCAGUUUCAUCAGUUGUCAUAUUUCACGAAAGUGAGAGUUGCGUAUACACAAUUUAAAUUCACACGUUUACAUAUACGGUUACAUAUACGGUUUUGUCGGAUAUUAUCAUGUAAAGUAGUGAAAUUACAUUGGUCGAUCAAGUGAGAGAGGCGAGGAGCAAACUGUGGAAAGUGCAAUUAAAACGAGUUGAUCUAAUUUUGUACUCAAGAUCCGUAUGACCUAUGCAAAAUAUAUACGUGUUGUAUAAGUAUUAAUACGAUACGUAAUAUGAAACACAUACACAUACGUCGAUUGCCUCGGCCCAAAGUAUUAAGCAUCUCUAUUUCAUUUCUUUGGAAUUCUUUUACCAAUAUUAAUUUCCUAUUGGUUAUUGGUAUUAUUCAUAAAUUCAAAAGAUUCUUGAUACAAACGAUAAUUAUACAAUACAAAAUAAUAUAUGAAAGAAUUCCAGAUCAAUGAAAAAAUAAAGGUGCCUACACUAAAAAGGGAGUAUUUAAUUUUAAGAUAUUAAAAACUGAAAUAUUUAACAACUUUAAACAUUUUAGCGUUUUAAAUUUAAAUACAGUUUAAAAUUGAACAUUUCUUACACAUUAUCUUAAACUUAAGUACUUCUUUUUUGAGUGCAACUGUAAUUUGUGUACUUUAACAGUAUAUUGUAUACAGUUUAAAAUUGUCGGACAAAGAAAUGCGCCUAAGAAGAUUUUUAACGAAAUAGUAGGAUUUUUAUACAGUAACAGUCGAGGAAAUAUGCUUGUGCAAAUACACACACACGUCGAUUAAAUCUUGCUCACGUCACGAGAUAUAAUGAAGUAUUUUGAUGCGAUAAAAAGCUUUGUACAUUAGUUUAACAGCCGAACAUUACUAUUUACUUUGUUAGGUUUUACAUAUCUAUAUCAUUGUACAUAUAAACGCAUGUAGAUGUAUACACAAAUACGCGUAUAGGCAUAUAAAUAGAUAUAUAUAUAUAUAUAUUAUAUAUAUAUACACUUAUACAUAUAUCUAUUAUUAUCUAUUUUUGUUACAUGUUUAUAAAAAUGAAGAAAAACGUAUUCUGUCGUGGAAUACCAAAUGUAACAUAUAGAACGAGAUUUUAGCGAAUGGACAAUGGAUUUGAGCGUCGUAAAGAUUACCGGUUUUAUAUAUAAUUCAAAACAUUUAUUGCGUCUGUGUCGUUAGAAACUUGCUAAUAAGUUGACAAAUUCGAGAUCAUAUAUAUAUAUAUAUAUAUAUAUAUAUAUAUAUAUAUAUAUAUAUAUAUGAGUUACGUUUAGGUCUUUUGUUUUCUUUUUUUUUAUGUAAUCGAAUGAUCGUAUAAUUUAGUUGAAUAGUGCGUAGCUCUUAAGAUGUUUAACAUUUACUAUUUCAUCGGGUAACGAAAGACAAAAAAGAGGAGAAGGGAAAACUAUGUAGAUUAGAGUAAUUAGUUUAUACGAAGAACAUGACAAAAUUAUUAUGUGAAAUUAUAUGACGAACGCGCUCGUUGAGGCAGUAAAUGUUGACCGUUUGCUUUUCUCUUUUUUUUUUUAAAUUGAUUUAAAACUGAUCCACGAAUUUAUCCUUGUUUAUGCGGACCUUCAGAGACGAAACGGUGAUGAAGUUUUACGCUUGUAACGAAGUAGUGCAAUGACUUAACGAAAUUUGAUUAAUUUGUGUAUAUAUAUUACAGAAUCGUGAUUUUCUUACGUAUAAUAUAAUUCUGCCCGCACAUACACACACAAACGCGUCACAAUUACCAGACAGGAGUUACUGCUUACAUAGCGGCGUGAUAUAUAUACACGACUUUUUAAUGAAUUUCUCUUUACCUUUAGUAUUCUGUUUUUAGAGUGAACAUGGUUUGUUGUCGAGUUUAGUUUAUCAAGUCGUUGGUGUAAUUUUGCCAGCAUCAUUGUUAAAUGUUAUCUCACGUGCAUUAAUGCAAGUGCAAUCCGUUGUACUGUUAAGGAUGUAUUACACUUAUUUUCAAAAUUAUGAAAAAAAAUUGCAGAUUGUUUUACACUGCAUUCGAAAAUAAUGUAACAAAAAAUUAGGCAGUUGUGUACUUGGAUCGAAAAUUCAAUAAUAUGUAGAAAUGUGUUCUAAGAUAAAUAUAAUUUAGAAAUAAUGAAGUAAAUCUGAAUUUUUAUAUACAUAUAAGUAUUUUAAAUAUUUGAGAUGAUUUAUGUAAAACCUUAUUGCGAUGCGAAGAUUAGUUGUUCUGUAAAUAAACAAAAUUUAUUUAAACCAAAUUAAAUGAAGAACAGCCACCUAUAUAUGAAAAAUUUAUUUAUUUAAUAACUAAGCUCAGAAUUUUAAUAAAAUUUUGCAUAAAUUAUCUUGAAUACUUAAAGUAAUUAUAUGAAAAGGAUUAAAAUUUUUAUCAUGUUUAAAAUGUUAGUAUUAAAAGAAUAAAAAUUAGAAAUUACGUAAAUUAAAAAGUAUAAUAUUUAAUAAAAAUAAAAUGUUAUGAAUAUAACUUUCACAUAUAUAAUUUACGUAUAAAUAUUAAUACCUUUAUAAAAAUGAGUGUAAUACAUUCCUAAAACACACAUACGCAUAUUUUCAACCGAUACACUAUUUUCACGAUUAAUAGCACUGUUGGUUAUGUACGUCGAUUGAAUUUUUAUUGUCCCGAAGGAGAAGAUUUUGUACAGAACAUUGUAAAAUAUAUUUUUAGCGCUUUUUCUCUCUCUCACUCUCUCUCUCUUCCUCUCUCUCUACCUUGGUUUUAUUAUUUAUGUGCGCGUGCAAAUCUCUCGCCUCCGCCGCAUUUUGUAUAAAUACGCCGUAUUGUUAUUGUAAUGCCAUUGCGUAAAUGCCAUGCCGUUGAGCCUUGCCAUUCGUCAUCCGAGAAAGAAGAGAGAGCACCUCCUAAAAGCUAAUUUACCCUUUUUUAAUUUUCUCAAUACUCACGUGGAUCGCGCGCCGUGAACGCGAGGGAGAAUCUUUUUCUGUAACUAAUAACGACGUUGCCGAUGUAUGCCGGAGAGAAAAGCCAUUAGUUUGUAAUCAUUAAGCUGAAAUAUAUAUAACAUUUAUAUCGAA